CGAAAAACAGGUUAUACAUAUAUGAUCAUAUCUCUAUAAACAAUUACUUAGGCUAUGACGACACUAGGGUUAUUGAGAAUCAAGGUUCUUCGAGGCAUAAAUCUUGUCGUUCAAGACAUAAUAGCUAGUGAUCCUUAUGUCAUAGUCACCAUGGGAAAUCAGAAAGUGAAGACUCGUUUCAUACACAACAAUUGUAAUCCUCAAUGGGACGAAGAGCUUACUCUGGCGAUCAACGACACAAAUCUUCUUCCUAUUAUCUUAGCAGUUUGGGAUAAGGACACUUUGACAGGAGACGAUAAAAUGGGUGAUGCUGAAAUAGACAUUAAACCGUACAUAAAGAUGAUGAUGAAAUUAUUAGAUGAUGAUGAUCAAGAAUUGUUUCGAGAAGAAGGUAGAGUGGUGGGGAUAGUUGAAGCAAACAAGAAGAUGAAUUGUCUUGUUGAGGAAAGUUGCAUCUUUUGGAAAAAUGGGAAAAUGAUUCAAGAAAUGCAUCUUGAAUUGAGAAAUGUUAAAUCUGGACAAGUUCAAAUCCAGAUUGAGUGGAUUAACAACCCACUUCAUUCUAAACUACCUACCUUUGUUUAAGGUUUGAUUUUCAUUAAAAAUAAUGUUAUAAUUAAAUUUUAGUUAAGAAAAAUAAAUAAAAAAUGACUAUGUAUUAGUCAUUGUUGCAUAGUACUUUUCCUCCUAUCCUAUUUCUUAUUUGUUAUGAGGGCAGACAUGUAAAAUAAGAUUGUAAAAUUAUUUGAAGAAAUAAUUUGGUAUUUUAAUAAU